GGACGCGUGCUCCCGGCGCCGGGUGCCAGCUCCUCCCCGGCCUAGCCCAUAACCUGACGGGAUCCGUGCAUCCAGCUCCGGAUCGCGCGGCUCGGCCGGCCGCCGAGAGAAGCGGGGACGCGUGGGGCGGGGAGGCGUGGCCGGCCCGGGGUGGACCGCCGGCCGGGACUGCUCGGCCGCCUCCCGCCCGGCGGGCGCCGCGGAACCGGGCCCAGACCAUGUCGCCCGAAGAAUGGACAUAUCUAGUGGUUCUUCUUAUCUCCAUCCCCAUCGGCUUCCUCUUUAAGAAAGCUGGACCUGGGCUGAAGAGAUGGGGGGCAGCCGCUGUGGGCCUGGGGCUCACCUUGUUCACCUGUGGCCCCCACACUUUGCAUUCUCUGAUCACCAUCCUCGGGACCUGGGCCCUCAUUCAAGCCCAGCCCUGCUCCUGCCACGCCCUGGCCCUAGCCUGGACCUUCUCCUACCUCCUGUUCUUCCGUGCGCUCAGCCUGCUGGGUCUGCCCACUCCCACGCCCUUCACCAAUGCCAUCCAGCUGCUGUUGACGCUGAAGCUGGUCAGUCUGGCUAGUGAGGUCCAGGACCUGCACCUGGCCCAGAGGAAGGAAAUGGCCUCGGGCUUCAGCAAGGGGCCUGCCCUGGGGCUGCUGCCCGACGUCCCCUCUCUGAUGGAGACGCUCAGCUACAGCUACUGCUACGUGGGAAUCAUGACAGGCCCGUUCUUCCGCUACCGCACGUACCUGGACUGGCUGGAGCAGCCCUUCCCGGACGCCGUGCCCAGCCUGCGGCCCCUGCUGCGCCGCGCCUGGCCGGCCCCGCUCUUCGGGCUGCUCUUCCUGCUGUCCUCGCACCUCUUCCCGCUGGAGGCCGUGCGUGAGGACGCGUUCUACGCCCGCCCGCUGCCCGUCCGCCUCUUCUACAUGAUCCCCGUCUUCUUCGCCUUCCGCAUGCGCUUCUACGUGGCCUGGAUCGCGGCCGAGUGCGGCUGCAUUGCUGCCGGCUUCGGGGCCUACCCCGUGGCCGCCAAAGCCCGGGCCGGGGGCGGCCCCACCCUCCAAUGUCCACCCCCCAGCAGUCCGGAGAAGGCGGCUGCCCUGGAGUACGACUAUGAGACCAUCCGCAACAUCGACUGCUACCGCACAGAUUUCUGCGUGCGCGUGCGGGAGGGCAUGCGGUACUGGAACAUGACGGUGCAGUGGUGGCUGGCGCAGUACGUGUACAAGAGCGCGCCCACCCGCUCCUACGUCCUCAGGAGCGCUUGGACCAUGCUGCUGAGCGCUUACUGGCACGGCCUCCACCCUGGCUACUACCUGAGCUUCCUGACCAUCCCGCUGUGCCUGGCCGCCGAGGGCCAGCUGGAGUCCGCGCUGCGGUGGCGGCUGGGCCCGGGCGGCCAGCAGGCCUGGGACUGGGUGCACUGGUUCCUGAAGAUGCGGGCCUACGACUACAUGUGCAUGGGCUUCGUGCUGCUCUCGAUGGGCGACACCCUCCGCUACUGGGCCUCCAUCUACUUCUGCAUCCACAUCCUGGCCCUGGCGGUCCUGGGCCUUGGGCUGGCUUUGGGUGGCGGCGGCUCCAGCCGGCGGAAGGCAGCCUCCCAGGCCGCCAGCCUUGCCCCGGAAAAGCUCCGGGAGGAGUAAACGGCCGACGCUCCCUCUGCCACUCGGUGUUGUCACGGGGCUUUUGCCUGGGAAUUCUGUGAACCAGGUUGCCGCCUCCUGUCCCAGAAAGAGUCCUGGAUGCGGCUCGGGGCCUGGGGCCUGGUGAGGAUUCCCGCCUCCGCUCGGUACCUGCCUCUCAUGGGCCAAGGCUCUCCCUGGCUCCCUGCCCACCGCACCGGUGGCUCCAGAAAGUGUUUCCCUCCUGCAGAAUCCAGAUGCUGUCUAGAUAAGACUCCCUUUGUCCCUGCCAAGCUUCAGGUUUUCAGAGAGAACUGGACUCUGGACUCUGGACUCCCCCAAACAGCAGGCACAGAGGGGUGAAGUCCCCUCCUCUGCCCCACGGCGCGGGGAGGAGCUCCAGGGUGUGGGGAACCUCUUUCUUGUGGCUUUUGUCCUGCUUUUCUGUCAUCACACCAGUGUUUCAGGCCUGGAAGGGAACAUAACCUUCCAUUUCACAAUGGGGAAACGGAGGUACAGGUGAGCCAGCCUGGGGGCCACCGUUCCUGCAGCUGCCACUGGAGCCACCCGACCUCAGAUGGCAUUGGAGUGUACCACUCUGUCCCAAUAAAGUGUUGCAC